UGGGUAGGUCUUUCUAAAGAGUGCCACUAUCCUAAUCAAACGACUGUGGUUUCCUAUAGUAUUCCCCAGCAACAUGGUAUAAAACCAGCGAAACAAAAAGGCAUACAAAGCAGACCAGUUUAGCAGACAGACAAAGCUCUCUCUCUCUCUUGGCAGAUCUAUCUUCAAUCCAAACAAGUCUUCUCAUUUCUCUUUUUCUGUUCUGCUUUCUCUCUCUAACAUAAUUUAAUCUUCUUUAUUUUAUUUUAUCUGAAAAAAAAUCUCCAAGCACUGGUUUUUUCUUUGAACUGUGUUUUCUUAGGCUCAGAAAAAAAAGAAGAAGAAGCUACAGUUUCAUCCAAAACCCUAGUUGUUUGUAGAUUAGGGUUUGAAAUCUACAAAGUGACUGUGGAAAAUGGCCUCUUCAUAUCAAGGCCCUGUCACUGCUGCUCAGGUGGGGUCGUACUUUGUGACAAGGUACUAUCAGAUUCUUAAGCAACAGCCUGAACUUGCUCACCAGUUCUACUCCGCUGACAGCAUCAUGGUUCGGGUCGAUGGAGAUUCUACCCAGAAAGCCUCUGAAAUCCUAGAAAUUCAUACGCUCAUCAUGUCGUUGAAUUUCACUUCAAUUGAGGUCAAGACAUUAAAUUCCUUUGAUUCUUGGAAUCGAGGUGUUCUGGUAAUGGUUUCAGGAUUGGUUAAAGCAAGGGAAUUCAGUGGACGGAGGAAAUUUAUUCAGACCUUUUUUCUUGCUCCUCAAGAGACAGGUUACUUUGUUCUUAAUGAUAUUUUCCAGUUCAAUGAUGAUGAAGAAAUUAUCUAUCAACAUCAAGCACCUAUUCCAUCAGAACACCAGUUUGAUACACAACUGAAUGCUUCUAGCCCUCUUCCAGAGCUGCCAGUUUCCGACUAUGUUUUGGAGGAAGAGGCCCGGGAUUAUGUUGAUUCAAUCCAUAUAGAAGAAGAUCCAGUUGAUAAGUAUAGUCUCCCAGAGCAACAACAUCAAUAUAGUCUCCCAGAGCAACAGCUGCAAGAGGAUCAUGAAACUGAAAUUGUGGUGGAUGAAGCUCCUGCAGAGGAGAUAUCUGCUUCACUUCAAAGUGUGGUAAACACUGUGCAUGAAGCCCCAGCUGUAGCUGUGGAGGAGCCUGUGGGAGAGCCACUGAAGAAAACUUAUGCUUCUAUUCUGCGAGUUUCUAGAGGGCAGCCUGCAUCAUCAGCAGUUGGCCAGCCAUCUUUAAAUAGAAGUUUCCCGACUGCUUCAGAGUGGAAUCAUACACCACAGCCUGCUGCUCAGCAGUCAAACUCUGCAUUGUCAUAUGUGCCUGAAUAUGCGGCAGAGGCAGUGGAGGAGGGUCUGACAAUGGAAGAAGAUGAACCGAAAUCUGUUUAUGUGAGAAACUUGCCUCCUACGAUUACUGAAGAAGAAAUUGAGCAGGAAUUCAAGGACUUUGGCAAAAUCAUACCUGAUGGUGUCUUUAUUAGGUUACGCAAGGAAGUUGGAGUUUGCUAUGCCUUUGUUGAGUUCGAAGACCUUAUUGGUGUUCAAAAUGCACUCAAGGCCUCUCCGAUACAGUUGGCUGGAAGGCAAGUCUACAUUGAGGAAAGGAGACCAAACAGCAGUGGCAUUUCUCGAGGACGUGGGGGAAGAGGAAGAGGCAGUUACCAAACAGAGGCUCCAAGGGGGCGUUUUGGUUCACGGAGUCUGGGCAGGGGAAGCUAUCAGGAUGGUGGUGACAACAGACUAAGAGGCAAUGAUUUUUAUCAGCGUGGUUCACGAUGAGAUGAAAAUCCUUAGGCGAUAAGCAUCUAAAGAUGGGGAGAAGUUUUUUGAGGGCAGAACUAUCUGUGGGUCAAAGCUACUAGUCUGAUCUGAUGGGUGAUUUGAGCUAUUUAGGCUCAUAAGCUUUGCCGAUAAAGCGUUUUCCUUCUGAUGGUUUCAGGAAAAAUAUGUUGUACUUUUUUGAGGUGUGCAAUUUUACAUGAAUGGCAGUGGUGAGAGACUUGCUUGUGUUGUUUCUUGUGUGGGUAUAGCUAUGUUGUUUUUCCCCUUGAUUGGGUUUUAUCAUGCAAUUCAAGUGGGAAAUUUUUUGGCAUUGUAUGUCCCAUGCUUUCAGGAAAACAAGUGCUUAAUGAAUGACUUUCUGAUCUUAGAAAUCUUACUUUACU